AUGGAAAUGAAACACCCCAUGAAGACAGAUGCACAGGGAAAUGACUGCUUUCGUCUUCUUCCACUCGAGAUCCGCUUCGAAAUCGCCUAUCUUCUCCCAACGCCUGAAUACCUCAGCAUGAGACUUGCGUCGAAAGCUAUGCUCCCCAUAUUUGAAUCUCAGACAUUUUGGAAAACACGCUUUUCAAUUGAGCGAGAACUAGGAUAUCUCAACUAUCUCGUGAAAGAUGGUUGUAAAGAUUGGAGAUUGGUGUACUGCUGCACUGGCAAAUUGAUGCGCCUGACCAAGACACUGCGUUUUCGAAGACUACAGUGGCUUCAUAAUGAGUGGAUUAAAGAUCGGUGUAUGAUGGUUAGAGAUCCAAAAUCUCAAUUAUCUAAGAACAACACUCGAUUUCAGGGCCUACUCUGGAAAAAGGCCGCUGGAGAAAUGCAAUGCGAUAGGCCUUACAGACCCGGGCCUUACAGGUUCGAUAACACUCCGUCAUCUGCACUCGACAAUGAAGUCUGCAAGCGGUGUAAUGGAGUUCAUAUUCUACCACCCCCUCAGAUGGUAGGUGUUUCUCGCGAGCUUGUGGAAAUCGCUGUCUCCGUUCUCGCUGAAGAUGAACAUUCAUUUAUCACUGGCUUCAACCUUAUCUACGGCGAAAAUUCACCAAACGUUAGUUUUGGCUAUCAAAUCUCUCAAAAGCAGAUCAAGAUUGAUCUUCGCGGUCAGUCGUUGGCAGGCUUCGAAAUAUUCGCCGGAGAAGGGGGCAUUCAGGCCAUACGUCCAAUAUUUACCCAAGAAUAUGGAACAUGCCAUAGUGUGAUUGGCAAACCGAACACAACUUGUAAAUCGGUAUCACUAGUCCCAGAUGGAGAGAUAAAAGCGUUUAUGGGAGAUUUUGAUCUACAAGCAUCAAAUGCCAUUCGACAGGAACGAGGCGUGGAAUGUAGAAUCGUUCACGAGAUUCUGUUUUAG